AUGCCAUCCCCCGAUCCUGAUAUCGGCGAACGAAUUUUGCUUGCCUUCGGUCUAGAAGAACGUCAACCGGGGAUCAAAGUGGCAGAUCCUGAAAGGGCGGAGCUGUUGGCGGCAAUCGCAAAGGGAAAACCGCCCAAGAGUUUGAAGCAGCAAUGCUGCACUUGGCUCAAAAACAUUUGUGCCUUCUGCUGCUUUGCCCUCUUUGCCAUAUUCUGUAUUUUUUGGGCAUACCUCCUGUUCUGGCACCAACAAAUGUGUAGACAGCUAGCGGACCGCGGGGAACCGCUACCGGGCAGCUGCACUCAACCGAUUCUG